UCCCUCCCCGCCAUGUUCUCUUUACCUGAAGGGAGGUGAAGAGGCUGGAUCCGGACCACCGACUCCAGGAUGCAGAGAGCGCUGGUGCUCCUCUUCCUGGCCUGGACCUGCUUCCUCUUCUUCUCGGCCAUCGGACUCUUCACCACCGGCUUCCUCCUGAUGCGGGUGGAGUUGGCCAACCGCAGCUCCUGCCUGGACUCGCCGGCUGCCUCCUCCUCCUCCUCCUCCUCCUCCCUGCCGCCGCUGGGCUCCUGCUGGCUGCCGCGGCGCUUCCCCCGGGCCGUGCUCGUCAUCAUCGACGCCCUGAAGUUUGAGUUUGCCCACUAUGACCCGUCCCGGCAGGAGCCGCGGCCCUACGAGAAUAAGCUGGGGUUCCUGCACCAGCUGGCCAGCCGGCAGCCUCGCCACAGCCGCCUGUACCGCUUCCAGGCCGACCCGCCCACCACCACCAUGCAGCGCAUCAAGGGCAUCACCACCGGCUCCCUGCCCACGUUCAUCGACGCGGGCAGCAACUUCGCCUCUUACGCCAUCCAGGAGGACAACCUGAUCUUGCAGCUGGUGCAGAAUGGAAAAAGAGUGGUUUUCAUGGGGGACGACACUUGGGAUGGGCUCUUCCCCCGAACGUUCUUCCGCUCGUACUUUUUCCCUUCGUUCAACGUAAAGGAUCUUCACACUGUGGAUGACGGGAUCCUGCAGCAUUUGUACCAGACAGUGGAUGGUGGCGAAUGGGACCUGCUGAUUGCCCACUUCUUGGGUGUGGAUCACUGCGGCCAUAAGCACGGGCCGGACCACCCCGAAAUGGCCAAGAAGCUUUCCCAGAUGGAUGAAAUGCUCAGGUCACUGGUUGACCACCUGGCAAAUGACACACUGCUCCUGGUGGCAGGGGACCACGGCAUGACAGGGACCGGGGACCACGGAGGGGACAGCGAAGAGGAGGUGAACGCAGCCCUCUUUGUGUAUAGCAAAGCUCCCCUGUUCCGGAGCGACCCACCAAAGGAGCCAGAGACCGUCCCACAGGUGAACCUGGUUCCCACGUUGGCCCUUCUGCUGGGGGUGCCGGUGCCUUACAGCAACAUUGGGGAGGUGGUGGCUGAGCUCUUCGCAGCGGAGGGCGACGCGGCCUCCUCAGCCCUUGCCCAGCUGGCGGCGUACAGCAUCAACGCUAGGCAGGUAGACCGCUUCCUGCACUCCUACUCACUGGCUGCCCAGGACAUCCCGGCCGAGAAGCUGCGGCACCUCCAGGCCCUGUUUUCCACCGCGGUGGAAGAACACGAGCGGCUCUUGGCCCAGGACGGCUCUCCCGCACUGUCUCAGCUGGAGCGCCUCCAGGGCGGCUUCCGCCGCUACCUGCAGGAGGCCCGGGCCGUCUGCGCCGAGACCUGGGCCCGCUUCCACCCGGCCCGCAUGGCGGCGGGCUGUGCCCUCUUGACGACUUCCUGCGUGCUGUGCUACGUGGCCUCCGGGGGCCCCUCCGCCUCGACCUUCCCCUCCCGCCAGCUCCUCUUCUACCCCGUGCUCUGGGGCUUGGCGGGGGCCGCCCUGCUGGCGCUGGUGCAUCUCUGGGGCUGGGCCGGCGCAGACCUCGUCCUGCUGUCUUCCUGGGGGGCCGCGGCGUCCCAGCUGGGCUUCUUCUGGCACUGGUGGGCAAGGCGGCCCCGGAGACCCCGUGCUGCCGGCACCCGUCCCCCGCUUGGGGAGAGCAGCCCGCGGCAGAGGCUGCGCGCAGGGCUGGGGGCAGCGGCCCUCCCUUUGGGCAUCCUGGCGCUGCGGUGCGGCGCCAUGCUCUCGGACAGCUUCGUGGUGGCGGAGGCCCAGGUGGCGCCGUUCCUGCUCGCCUCCCUGCUGGUGCUGCUGGCGCUGCGGCUCCACUGGGGGGGCAGGCCGGAGGGCUCCCCGCCCUCCUUGCCGCUGCUCGGCCUUCUGGGCGCCAUCCUGGCUUGCGUGCGGCUUUCGGGGCUUUUCCGGCAGUGCCGCGAAGAGACGCCCUGCUGCCGCUCCUCCCCCAUCCUGGCCCCGCUCUCCAGCCUGCGGGACACACGGGCCAAGAACCUCUACUACCUCCUCUGCCUGGCGGGCCUGGCCGGCCUGGCGUGGGCCAUGCGCCGCUGGCUGCGCCACUACGGCAACCUGAACAGCCCCAGCGCCCCGGUGCUCUUUGUGCGCUGGGGCUUCCCGCUGCUGUCCGUCUGCCUCGGCGGCUACUGGGCCGUCACCUCGGGAGCCGAGGAGGCCCUGGCCAAGCUCCACGCCUGGGUGCAGCUGGCGCUGGUGGCCUUCCCCCGGGGGAUCUUUGGCCUGGUGGCGGCGGGGCUCCUCCUGGUCCUCUGGGACCCCGUGACGGUCUUUGUGAAGGACAGCCGGGAGCCGCUGGCCACCGGAGCCCCCAUCGUGUCCCCCAGCUCAGAAGCAGAGCUCCUGCACGUCAUCCCCCAGCUCUACCGCCGGAUGCAGGAGUCCCUGAAGAGCCGGCUGGACGAGGCCAAGGCAGGCGGCGGGGCCACCGUGGCAGCCUACGGGCUGGGCAGCGUCUACUCGGCCGCCCUGCUCAUCUCCCUGACCUUGCUGGGCUUCCUGCUCAUGACCCUGCACAGCGAGCGGCUGAGCCUGGCCUUCUUGCUGCUCUUCCUGGAGGCCUUUGCGCUGCUCUGGCUGCACACCUGGGUGCUCUCCUCCUCCUCCUCCUCCUCGCAGGCUGAUCCCUUCGUGGUGCCCUGGGACGCCACGGUCGCCUGGGCGCUCGCUGCCGCCCAGUUCUUCUACGCCACCGGCCACCAGCCCGUCUUCCCAGCCAUCCACUGGAAUGCAGCCUUCGUGGGAUUCCAGCAGGGCCACGAAAGCAACCUGCUGCCAGUCCUCCUGGUCGGGGCCAACACCUUCGCUUCCCACAUCCUCUUCGCAGCCGGCUGCCCGUUGCUUCUCCUGUGGCCGUUUGUCUGCGAAGCGUCCGGCUGCAAGCACAGGCGGCCAAAGGGGGAGGCUCAGGGCAGGGAGGAGCAGAUGAUGGAGAUGAGGCUCCGGGAAGCUCCAGAGAGGUUUUCGGCGGCGCUGCUGCAGCUGGGACUCAAGUACCUGUUUGUUCUGGGGAUGCAGCUUCUGGCUUGUGUCCUGGCAGCCAUAAUCCUCAGAAGACAUCUUAUGGUAUGGAAGGUGUUUGCUCCUAAGUUCCUCUUCGAAGCUCUGGGCUUCGUGGUGAGCAGCGUCUUCCUCCUGCUGGGCAUCGGCCUGGUGAUGCGCGUGGACUGUGCGGUCAGCGUGUGGUUCAAGCAGGUCAUCCUCGCUCAGCCCAGGUAGCACCAGAGCAAGAGGGAGUCUGGCAGGAGCGCUGCGAGGGCCGCCGGAGGCUUAAAGGCGUCACGGAGCUGCCAGCGACGGGCCUUGCUUGGCUGGGCUACAUGGCAUUCUCUCCCCUCUGGGGCUUCUUGCUGGGCUCGGUGCUCCCAUCGUCAGGGGAAGGGACUGGGGAAGGGCAGGAAAGGGUCAGCUCACCUCCAAGCGGGGUCUGUCUGCCAGCUCUGGGUGUUCUGCAGGGGGGAGUGUUCGCAGCCUCCAGAGAGACGUUGGCCUCACCUGCCGCUCGUAGCUUGAGUAGCCACUGAAUCACUGGGAAAUGGCCCUUCAGCGCUCUCUGCAGGCAGGCGCCUUGCCUGGAUGAGGAACGAAGAAGGGGGGUGAACUCUUUUCCCAAAGAGAACACGGGCAGGGCAGGGCAGGGCAGGGGGGGCAGAGUUUUGGAUUGCUGGGAGUUGGGUCCCUGGUCUGCAGUUACGAUUUGCAGGUGCCUUUGUGAGCCUGGAGGUUUGAGCUGAGGAGACCGGCUGUGAGUUUGUGGGUUGCCACAAGGAGGGAAAGCCGUGCCCAGUGCCGAGAUGGUGAAGAGGAGAAACCGGGCACUGGGUCAGUAAAGCCCCCUCUGAGCUGGGGGCUUGUGGGUUUUUCUCUCGGCCAGAGCAAGGCCUUGCUCCAUCUGCUCUCUGGGGAUGAAGAGCUGCUCCUGCCCUCUGUGACAGAUGGGGAAGAGCUUUGGAAGAGCUUGACAGACUCUGACGGCGCAGAAAUGAGCUUUUGGAGCUGAAGCUCCCACAGGAAACAUACGACACUGUCGACUCGGGUGUCGGGCCCCUUCAGGGCUCCUUGCACUUAAGCAUAGAUAUAAUUCAGGGUCUGAAUCUACGAGUUUCAACAUUUUUGAAGUACAUCGUUUAGCAGACCUUCAAACUUUGGUGCUGAAAUCUGAACUACAUUCCAUCACUGAGCUGAAGUGUGUUUGCAUUCCGGAUUUCUGGAUUGGGCUUCCUGAAAUACAAGCUUGGAAUGUCAGAUUUCCAUCCGUUGCAAUCUGGCAGAGCAGCUUGGGUACGCGGCUUCAGCUUUGCUGGCUGCCCAGACAGGUCUGAGAAAGCCGGAACGGAACGUGGGCCCCUCUGGCGUGCAGCGGAUCCCAGGAGCACCUUGCCCUGGCCUUACGUUUGGCCGAGGCCAGGAGUCCCAUCGAGACCAGUAUUGUUGGCUCUGCCUGGCAGCAGUUCUUCAGGGCUCCGGAAGAGAUCUCUCCCAGCGCCUACUCCCCGGAGACCCCCCUGCCGCCUGCAUGCGAGGCAUGUGCUGCAGCACCAACCGGGCCCCAGGCCCUCCCCCAGCCUUUAUGCCUGCAGUGGUGUCCUGCACCACCCAAGCGUCUCCUCUCCCCUGGCAGGGCCUUUGCUCUGGGCCACAUUGGGACCCAGCACCAGUCCCCUCUCCCCACAGCCCCAGCACCUGUUCCUUUCGAAGGACAUGGGAAGAGGCGUUUCUCACUAUGACUUACCUGAAUCUGCAGCCCAGACAGAGAAACCAAGAGAGCCUCUUUAUUCCUGGCUACAGCUUGCCUGCCUUCCUCCCAGGCUGUUGACAAAUGAGCCCCCAAAUGAAGCUGCUGCUGCUGUCCCAGCCCUGACUCGGAGCUCUUUGCAAUCUGCUUUUCUUUUCUUCUUUUGUGAUCCAGUGAGAGAUUUGUCUGUGGUGGCGGCGGCGACAGUUGGGAUUCUUGCUGUGCCGCUGCGUCUCCCCACGGCUGAGCCUGGCUUUUGCUGAAAUGGGAAUGGCUGAUCCCCCUUUAAGCAGCCGGGGGGGGGGAUGUUGGGUGCUACUCCUUUGCGAUACGUGGCCUAAAGCCAGCUUCAGCCAAGGGAAUAUACUCUGAAUAUUGAACCGACGGAAGUGUGGAUUCGGCUGAGUAUUUAUACCAUGAAACACUGCAUGCUUUGGCCCCGCUGAGUAAAAGCUGCGUGCCUUGUCUGGCAGUACCUUAGCAAAGGGAGGACAAUUCCAGCGCGAAUAUCUUCAUCUGCUCUUCCUUCCGUUCAUUUUCUCAGUUGUUACAGGAUCCGUGAGCCGCAGAAAUAAGCAUAAUGCUGCUAUGCUUCCUGGUCUAGUAUCGCAGGAGACGUAUUCAUUUUGGUAGUUUGUUUAAAAAAUGCAGAGCGAAUUCAUUAGCUGGAUGGAAACAGACACUGCUGUGUUCUGGAAAGGCUUUUAAGUUCUCCGCUGGAAGUAGAAAAAGCCCGCGGUGGUUGCCCUCUGAUUUCCUGGACAUUUUAAAAUUUAUUUUUGGGCUUUGUAGGCAAAUGAGGUCGGACUGGAGGACGGACUCCCCCGGUCGUCUUAACUAUGCAUUUGUGAACUCUAACAUUCCCUGCCCCAUCUGCAGUGCUAGCAAGGCACAGCUGCUGCCGCCAGCCCAGGUGCAUGUGCUGCUUCUGCCUCUCUCUACAAAGGGUCAUCAGUGCCUUACAGUCCUUCCUAACUGUAGCUUCCCUGGGGUCUGGAGCCUGAGGCCAGAUCUGAGACAUCUUUCUGAUCCCCGUACUGCACAAUCCAGUGGUUCUGCCCAAAGGCUGUUUCGACAUAGCUUUGAAUUGCACAGGGCUGCUUUCUUGCUCCCCUUCCCCCCUCAAAAAAUCUCUCUGAAUAACUCAAACCAGUCUAACAAGUCUGGGUGAUUUCUCUGAACUUUUAGGACCCUAAAUUGCCCAACCAUGCAGGAACAGUUUUGCAUGUCGUAGAACGUGAUUGUCUAAUGAACGAAGCAUCUUGCUGUUCCUUCAGGGUACCGAGAUGAAUGAAUCCACAGUUGUUUGAUUUGGAAUUACACAGGAUAAGUCUUUCUAAGGAAGGAAGGAAAGAAGGAAAAGAAAAAAGGUAUCUUUUAAAGACUUAACUGAAAUUAUUCUAUUAAACAGCUAGACCUUCUGUAGGCAGUGAACUACUUCAUCUGCUCUUAGCCUGAACGUUGGAGACAUCAGUUGAUGCUUAAUCUUGCAGGGGUUUGUUGCUUACGCAGUGAAGUAUUCAUUGGAAAAUUCAGGAUACAAAAUCAAAAAUGCUCAUUCUAGCAUUUUAAAUGAGAGAAAUACAGCAAUAUUUUGAAAAAAAAAACCCUAACUCUCAGUUAUGGCCAAAACAGGGAAUCUAUUCUUGCAUUAUAAAAGCAAAGAGAAGUACUUUGAGUUUAUUCCCUUAAUUUCCCGGUUCAUCGUAUCGGCAUCUGUCCCAUGGAGGUCCUGGGCCUGUCCGCAUGCAGGGCAUUUCCUCGGCCCAGUGCCAAGCGCUACUUCUUCCUUUCCCAUGAAAUACUCUUGACAAUAUAGUGUCAAGGAGGCGUCUGAAAGUACCCGGUCUUGUAAUCCUCUCUGCUGUUCUGUGCUACUCAUAGUCUAGGUGGGUGACAGGAACUGCCAUGGCACAAACUACGACGUCAUCCUUGGGGCAUUACUAGUUUCAGGGUUGGGAGCGAGGCUUCCUUCUUGCCCGUGCUGCAUGGUGUCACUUUACUGUGGAUUCCUAGCAGGUGUUGCAAGCUAGAGCUUUCAACUUUGUGGAAGGGGAACGGGAGGUUGGGAGCAGUCGUAACCCCAUCGGUGCCUUCCGUUGGCCUUGCCUCUCCCUUGAAGAGAGACGAGGUAGAUGUAGUGUAUUGACCAAGACCUCGGUGGUCUUUCUACCAGAACCAUGAUUGCCUUGGCCAAGUUUCUUCACCUUACGUGCCUCUUAUGUACCCUGAUUUGCCAUGCUGGGUAUAUCCUGUCCUACCUCUCAAUGUCUAUUACGCAGAAGGGGCGUGGAAGACAACGUGGAAAAGGAGUGACUUCACGUGGAAUAGCUGUGCAGUUUAUUUAUUGUUUCUCCCUAAAUGAACCCAAGAACUUGGGUUGAGCCAUAACAGAUUGUCCCAAGCUAAUCCUUUUAUGCUGCAUUGUCAUCGUAUUA